GCGUGUGUGCGUGUGUGAGCCAUGUUGGACCGCUUUAGCCGGCGAAGCUAACGAUUUCACUGUGACCCGCGGCUCGCAAGCUAACGACACCCGAGCUGAGGGCAUGCGGGUGUGUGUGUGUGUGUGCGCGUGGCUCUAGAUUUGGGUGUGAAUGCGUGCUUUUUGGUGUGCGUUCGUAUGUGUGCCGCUGCACUUCGCUCAUACGUGGAGCGAUAGCUAGCAUGCUAAUUUGAUAAAAGCUAGUUGGCUAAUAAAAUAAAUUAGCCGACUAUGGGCGAGGUACCACACCGACCGUAUCACUGCCAGUCACCUGACCUGCUAAUGCGACGUUACAGCAGGCACUUUGACCUUUCCAGCCCAGGCUAACCAGAUAUAAUAUUAGUGAUUAUCUAAUUAGCUAGAUGUUAACUGUCAGACAGCCGGCUGGCUAAUUUGCUCGGCUAUUAGCUUAGCGGCUAGGGGGCAGGGGAGCUUGCUCGCUAAUUGACCUGGUUCGGAGGGGCAGAGGCCAUGUUGUCGUUGCACCCGGCACUGCAAGUUUUUGCCUCGUUACUUUUCAGGCUUCACUGUUUCAAACGGUUAUAAACCCAACGUGAUUUUAGUAACGGAACUUACUUACAGAGGACGACACCCCACGGGCACAUGCACUGGUUAUAGAGAUGGAGACCCUGAUGAGUGCGGUGACGCCGCGCUCCCCAGCCCCAGCCAAGAAGCUGUCAGAGGUGGACUUCCGGUCGGGGGCCACCCUGGAGCAGCUGUCGGCCCAGGUGUCUGAGCUGGUAGUGCUGGAGCAGGGAGACUUCGGAGACCAGACCGCCUUAGAGGUUCACACCGCCAAAGACUUUAUCUUCAACAUGCUCGGCUUGGUCCAGAAGGUAGACCAGCGCCUCCCGGUGGCCAACGAGUACCUGCUGCUGUCCGGCGGGGCCCGGGAGGGUGUCCUGGACCUCAGCCCCGAGGACCUCGGGAAUUACGCCAAAGGGGCCGACUUCGACCUGGACUUCACCCUGCUGGUACCCGCCCUCAAGCUCCAUGACCGCAACCAGCCGGUCACCCUGGACAUGAGGCACUCCCCGCCCUGCCAUUCGUGGCUCAGCCUGCGCCUCUGCGACUCCAACGUCAUGUCCCGCUGGAGCAUCUGCUGCCAGGAGGAGAGUGCAUUUACCACCGAGGAGGAGGAGGAGGAGGAGGAGGCAGAAAUGAGUAGAGGCUCCAUCCCCUCCCUGGACUCUCCCCAUUCCCUGGAUGGAUGCUACUUCUCUCCCUCCCUGGUGACGGACUGGUUCUGGGGGGUGGUGAGCGAGGCCGUAGAGGAGCUGAGGCGCUGCCCCCAGAGAGGCAUCCCCACCCCGGACCGCCUGGAGAGGAACGGACCCCUCACCACCAUCAUCCUCCAGGCCGGCUCCAGCCGGGUGCUGUACGACCUGCUGCCGGUGGUGUCCUUUCGGGGCUGGCCCGCCGUAGCCCAGGGCUGGCUCACCGCCAACCACUUCUGGGACGGCAAAAUCACAGAGGAGGAAGCCAUAUCGGGCUUCUAUCUGCUGCCCUGCUGCUCCCCGCUGGGCGGUCGGCCCGACAGGGAGUGGAGGCUGGCGUUCUCCCGCAGCGAGGUCCAGUUGAAGAAGUGCAUCCCGUACCCCAUGGCCCAGGCGUUCCAGGCGGCCCGGGCCGUGCUGUCCCGCAUCCUGGCCCGGCCCCGUGCGGGCCUCAGCCUCUACCACCUGCGUACCCUCCUCUUCUGGGCCUGCGAUCGGCUUCCCUCCGCCUACCUGUCCUGCGCCGACGCCGACACCCCCGGCCGCCUCCUCCUAGGUCUCCUGGACGACCUGGCUCAUUGCAUCCUGGGUAAAAACUGCCCAAACUACUUCCUGCCCCAGUGCAACAUGUUGGAGCACCUCACGGACAGCCAGGCGCUGCUGGUCGCCAGGAAGCUCGCCCACGUGCGCUCGGAUCCCGGCGAUCACCUGCGCGCGGCUCUGGACCAGGCCCAGCAGGCGGGCCAGCUGAAGAAAGAGCUGACGGCGAGCACCAAUGGCCACGGCUCCCCCGGGCACCACCCAGCCAACGGCAUCAUCUCGCCGUCGGACGACAAGCUGGCGCAGCGGCUGCAGCAGCUGGUGACCGAGAACCCUGGGAAGUCCAUAUCCGUGUUCCUCAACCCCGACGACGUGACCCGGCCGCACUUCCGCAUCGACGACAAGUUCUACUGACGCUGCGGAGGAGGCAGGAGGCGAGCGUCUGUCCUCGGGGCUGAGAGGGUUGCGGCGAAGCCUUGCUGCUCGACAAACUCUUUUAAACCAAAAACACACGUGUCCUACUACUGAGAAAUCACGAGGGCGUCGCACAACCGACGUGAUGUCACCGAGACGGCCCUCCCCUAACGAGCUGGCCUUAAUCAGACUUAUCAGCUGGUGCUACAAAGACGAGGACACGUCACGUGUGUACUGAGCGUGGUGGAGCUCAGCACAGUGUGUGUGUGUGUGUGUGUGUGUGUGUGUGUGUGUGUGUGUGUGUGUGUGUGUGUGUGCGUGUGCGUGUGCGUGUGCGCGUGCGUAUGUGUGUACACUUUAGGGUUUCACCAUUUUAAAUACUUUUCUAUGGACACAGAGAGAAGAGCUCCUUGAUUGCUGCAUCUCUCUCUCGUUUUGGACCCCAGUGGCUCUUUCCUCUGAUGACUCUGAUUUGAGCCCUCUUUCUUUCUGUUGCAGCGCCCACCUCUCGAUUCAUGGCAUCUUUCAUUUCAUUUUGAAACUAAUCUUCCUCAGGUAUUCAUAAUCCUUAUUUUUUUGAUGUAUGUAAUUGCUUUUUAGGUCUUAAGCUACAUUUCAAUGCCGCUUACAUUGCGUUGGGUAAUGGGAUGCACCAAAGAGCUGCGUUUGAGUGGUCUUAAAUAUCUUUCCAAACAGCACAUUUUGGUCCAGCUCGAUGGGCCGUCCCAAGGUGUGGCCUGAAUGUUUAUUGAACCGUUCUCCCUGUCUGACGGCCCGGUCACACCAGCAUUCCAAACAGCACUUACGCCCAAAGGAAGCAGCAGCAGCAGCAUGCGUGGAUGCUGAGGUCCGAGGGAGGCCGGUGUUUGCAGGCUGAGAGUAGUGAAAGCGAGGGAACGGUACGAACUCCUGAAAAUACUUAUUGUUUCUGUUGUUCUUUCCGUUUGUGGUUGAGGUAAUUGCACUACUUUGUUUUAACAGGAGACGGCAUUUGUUUUGAUGUAUUAGUUAUUGCUGCAGACUUCAACGGUCAAUGCCAAACACUCUGACUCCACCUCCACAAAUGAUGACGAUUUAAUGAUUGUGUUUGACAUUAAUCAAUGGUAUUUGAAUAUAGUUGGUCUUUCUUUCGGUUGGAUGAAAAAAAGUUGGAUAGUUUUCUGACAUUUUACAGAUGAAACAUCAAUUAAAAGUGAAUGUUAGUCCACCGCAUCAAUAAGCUUCUACAGCCACAUAUUUUGCCAGAAGGGUAACUUGGGUGUGCUAGUGUCUGGUGUGACCAGGCCUCAAAAAAUGAUAUGGUCACAUAUAUAUUAUUAAAAAAUAUAACUCCGUUUUCAGUUAAGAUGAAUCAAAUUUGCAUAUAAAAGCGUAUUGAUGGAGGCUGAGGAAUGGAAUCUGCUCCUUUGCUGUUAAUCACUGAGUCAUGGUACCUGUCACAAUGUCCCACACCUGGCCGCACAUCAUGUCUAUUCACCUCACUUUGUGUGUGUGUGUGUGUGUGUGUGUGUGCACCAGCAGGAGUCACCCGGACCUGGACAGCUGCCUCUUUCUCUGCUUAUUUUCUAUUUUUUUUGUUUUUUGUUAUCUGCCACUUUCUGUCAUUCUUCCACUCUUUCACUUUCCUCCAACCUCAUGUUUACACUCGCUGCACAGAUUCUAUUAGGAGCUGUGCCGUCGCAGUGGACACAGCAAGUACAAUCAGACACGAAGCGAUUGCAGAAAGCGAUCUGAGGGCCAUCAAGCUCUACAAAGCACCUGAUUUCUAAAUAUUAACAUGGCAGAGGUUAAUUGUGGUGAUUUUAUAGCUGCUGCUGGUGGAUUGUUUGUUCUUCAGACCGGUGGACCUCCAACAUCUGCACAUACUACUGAAUGAUUAUUUUUUGUUGCAGUUUUCACUGGUGAUUGUGUGUGUGUGUGUGUGUGUGAGAGAGAGAUACUCGAGGAAAACCAAAGUGUGUUGUUGAGGUUGUGUUGCAGAAUGUAUAAGUCGGUAGUAAAUUUGUGUUCUCAGCACUUUUUCAAGGCGGGCUCAAAAAGGUAGUUCGGACUGGUCCUUAAGAAAGUCACAGCGUUUAUUUAUUGUUAAACACAAGUUGAUGUGACGGUACUUCCUCUCUGCCCCCAGCAGAGUGUGACUGUCCGUGUUGAAAGUGCGUCUCACUUUGAAGCUUACUGGGCCUAGUUGGAGAUGACGAGACGCUGUCAACAGGCCGUGUGGUUUCUUGAGUUGCACAUGAAUUAAAGCUCCGUAUUCUGCGAUAGUGUCAGUUCGUAGACACGCAAAGGAGCCACUACGGAAAGGCCCGCUCUGAUUCUAAGGACGUUGCAUGCAACACCGAUGCUGCUCUAUAAUCGUCACUGUUCUUUUGUGCUGAAACUUCUGAUUAUUCUUUUUUUUUUUUAAGAUUCAGUUGACUUGUGUGAAUAAAUAACUGACUAAAUCCGAGGAAUGUAUCAACCUCUGCAAUCUGUUCCCGGCAUCGGCAGACAUCAAACCUAAUAUUCACCGUUGUCUGCACAGGUGUACUCUUAAGUGCUGGGAUAAGAAUCUGUACUGAAUCACUUCACAGUUGGAGGAAUUCGCUUAUGUCUGUUAUUAGAGUUCUUACCCAAUAUUUUUUCUUAUGUGUUCUAUUUCCUCUGUAUCACGGUACCAUGACUGAUUUGAUGUAUCCCUUUCCUGGGGGUUUCUUUUGAUCAAGCUUUGGCAUGAAAUAAAUCACGUUUCAA